UUCAGACAGACUGUUUUUGCUGCAGUGAACGCUAGCCGUGGAGAGAGAGAUAGAGACACACACAGAGUGAGAGAGAGAGAGAGAGAGAGCAAGGAGGAAAAAAAGCAAGAAAAACAAGGAGUCAGGAGAAGGAACAAGGAGAUAAAAAGUCGAUAAAAGCAGAUUGAGAAGAGGCUCCGGACAAGCGACUGCUGCGCAUCAAAGGAAGGACCUUACUGGGGACCUUAUUGGAGACCAACGCCAACAAAGCCGACUCCGGAGGCGGAAUAUAACGGUGACACUCCAGAGCUCCUCUGCCCUCCUGAGGAUUCAGUGAGACAGGCGGAUCUGUGCGCCCGACCAUGGCCUUCCCGUCAGCCCCCUCCGCAUUAUGGAGUGUCAGCUUAUUGACAGUACUAUUCGCAGCUGCGGUUCACAGCAACAUUGUCUACGACGACGACCCAUUGCAGCCAGUGACCUCAGAUGAGACGGUGUCCGUCGGGGGCACGGUGACACUGACCUGCCGGGUGGCCGAGAGCGACAACUCCUCACUGCAAUGGUCCAACACUGCACAGCAGACCCUCUACUUUGGAGAGAAGAGAGCACUGAGAGAUAACCGCAUCCAGCUGUACCGCUCGACACCCACCGAGCUCUCCAUCACCAUCGCCGAAGUGCAGCUGUCUGAUGAGGGCGAGUACACCUGCUCCAUCUUCACCAUGCCAGUCCGUACCGCACGAGCCACUGUCACCGUGCUAGGUGUGCCCGGUAAACCUCAGAUCUCAGGCUUUGAGAAUGAAGUGCUGGAGGGGGGCAAAGUCACCCUGACCUGCACCAGUACAGGCAGCAAACCCCCCGCCAGGCUGCGAUGGUACAAAGGAGACCAGGAGCUGGAAGGGCGUCCAGACGUGGUGGAGUCCGUUCCAGACGAACCCACAUACAACGUGAGCAGCGAGCUCACCCUUGAGGUGAGCCGCAGCGACGACAACACCGUCAUCACCUGCGCUGUCGACCAUCCCUCACUCGCCCCGGGGGACAAGAGGAGCGAUCAGACUCUGCGGGUGUCGUAUUCCCCUAACGUGCAGAUCCAGCCUGAGAGUGAUCUGCCCAGAGAGGGGGAGAAGUUUUAUCUUGAGUGUGUGGGCAAUAGCAACCCUGAGCCCAUCUCCUUCACGUGGGAGAAGAAGGAUGGAGAGCUCCCCCAACUGGCCAAAGUCGACGGUGCUUUAUUGCGCUUUGAGAUGCUCAACAAAUCAGAUAAUGGCGUCUACCUCUGCCGCGCCGACAACGGCAUCGGACAGAGCCAGGGGGAGUACACACUCCUGGUGCAAGAUUCCCCGGACUCCACCUUCCCCUCCCUCGACUCUCCAACCUCUCCUUCUAUCCCUCCAUCCUCCUCCCUCCCAGACACUUCUUCUGACAUUUUCUCCGGCUCCGGCUCCGAUCCCAAUUACUCCCCCUCCCCUCCUGACCUCGACUCCGCCUCCACCUCCUCUCCUUCCACCCCUUCCACCCCUUCCGCGGCUGAUGUGUUGACCGCCAGCGCCCAACCCUCCUCCUCCACCACCACCCUCUCCAACGCCCUCUUCCCCGACCUGCCAUCCGCUCCAGACUCCUCUCCCUCCUCCUUCACAACUCCCGCCUCCUCCUCCGCAAACAGCGCACCCUUCACUGCCACUCCCUCCUACUCCUCCCCCGCCUCCUCCCUUACUCCCUCAGUUUCCGUCCGGCUGAAUGGAGUUUACACUUUCACAGAUGCUGCAGAGAACAUUGCAGACCCCACAGCCAUGUCGACCUCUUCAGGGGUGGACCACGCUGUGAUCGGAGGGGUGGUGGCUGUUAUCGUCUUCAUCCUGCUCUGCCUCCUCAUCGUCCUCGGCAGAUACCUCAUCAGACACAAAGGAACGUAUCUGACCCACGAGGCCAAGGGCUCGGACGAUGCCCCCGACGCCGACACAGCCAUCAUCAACGCAGAGGGAGGCCACUCUGGAGCAGAGGACAAGAAGGAGUACUUCAUCUAGAUGGAGGAAGGAGAGGCGGAGGAGGAAAUUUUGGAGGACGUGGAGUAGAGGAGAGGGGAGGAGUAAAGGAAAAAAACCUCCAUUUGUUUUCACGGCGCUUCAGUUCUUCACUCGGUUGGAGGGAUGAUGGGAGGGGAAGGGAGGGAAAGAACUAUGGGCAGGAUAAAGCAAUGAGUUGAGCUUCAACUGGUACUACCCUCUUUGCAAUGAUACAGGGAAGUGAGAUUUUGCACUGACAUACGGACGAACUGAAGUUACACACUCAAACACACACACACACACACACACAAACAUAAAUACAUGAGUCAGUUUUUGGGGGAAAACUCUUCUCACACAGACUUGAAUGCUCGUAGACCGUCAGAUUAACAAACACAAGCCUCCUACUAACAUGUCUGAAUUAUUUCUGACAAAUUAACACAUUUUUACACAAGCAUUGUAUCCUAUUUCUAACUCUCAACGCCUUGAAAAAGCAAAAUUGUAACUCACAUUCCGGCAUCCUGAGCUGAUAUUUCACCACGCCGACCUGUCUCCUCAGCAUUUAAACCAAGCCAGCUCUGUCUUUUCUUUUUUUUUUUUACCCCCCACCCCCCUCCCACCCCUCCCCUCCCUCAUUCUGUCCAUCUAACAAGUCAGUAUCCCUCUGUAAACAUCCUAGUGUCAGAGAAAUCCAUCUAAAGCAAACUAUUACGGACAAAAACAAUCUCCCCUCUCUCGGUUUAAUCUUUUUAUGCCAUCAAACCUCUUCCCGCAACCCUGGUACGAGCCAUCGAAUUUCCCACGACCCAGCACCGCACAACAUGCAACUCUCAUGCAAAAAUAGCAUUCCCACCUUGCGCUACCAAGCCGAGGGGCUCCAAUAUACAUAUAUAAAUAUAUAUAUAUAUAUAGAAUUAUAUAGCAUUCUUUUUACUUGACAGAAAAUGUUUGGUGUGCUGUAAAUACACUACAGGUUCUCAUUCUGUCCUCUUUCUAUCUUCUUUCUCUUCUAUCUCUCUCUCUCUUCUUCUUUCUCUCUACAUCUCCCUCUCGCCUGUAUCUCAUACAGUCUGUUACUGCAUUACAGUAACUUAUAUACUCUUAAAAAAAAGCCUGCCUGUUUUUAUUACAUGCGUGGAAAUGCAGAGUUGAAAAUAUCAAUAUCUGGGGAAAAAAAAAAUAAAAAUAACAACAAUGAUGUUGCGAUAAAAACUAACCUUAACUGCAAAUAUUUGUAUGAGGAACAUUUUCCUUCUUUUCUUUUUCUUCGUUCUUUUAUUCCUUUCAGUUUUUUUGGGACUUAUGAGAGAUUUUCUCUCGUCGGUGUCUCGGUGUGUUACCGUCGGUGUUAACAGUUUACAGUGUCUGUCGGUUUGUCAGUCCAGGAAUUCAUACGUUUAAUUUCCAACUUUGAUUUUGAUUUUUAGGGGUUUUGAUUCUGUUCGUUUAUUUACAUUUUUCCUGUGCGCCACAUUCAGUGCCACUUAUUUUCUCCCAGCUUUGUCGGCCUUCUGCUCUCAAACACUGAACUGUAGCAAAACCUCGGUCGAACACGUCUUCGAUGGGUGUAAAAGUGUUUGGUAGAGUUUCGCUGCCCAGCGUAUGUAGACCACCGUGGUCCUUCUCCAUUCGGCCCCACUGAAUGUACUGAUUGACUCCGUCAUUGUUCUCUCUGCAGCAGACUGCUUGUCUUGGCGAGGCCACAUGGCGCUAAAUUCAUUGAGUAGUGGCAUCACGACUUCCUCUAAGAAGCUGGCACGGUUGCUGCUUCAGGGAGGUGAAAAUGCUUGCUUGCUUUCCACUACGGGGCCAAACAGGACUGCCUAAAUGCAUUAUGACAAACUUCCUGGCAAAAAAAACCCUUUGUGUUAUUGUUUCUUUUUCUCUGUGUGUGUGUUAUUGCGCGCAGACAUCAUUUGCGAGCUUAGCAAAAGGUUCCCAUAAAUGAACGGUGUUUUAUCAAGGUUGGGAGUUCGCCUUGGCACCGGCAAGCUCUAUUUGGCCCGGUCGUGGAAAUUGAUUGCAAUCUGACUAAGAGGCUCUGGGCUCCAGACUGUACACAUGCCAAGGUUUGGCUUCGUGGGCAGGGUGCCGAGCUGGAGUCUGGGCUCCACUAACACUGAAGAAAGUCAUUUAAGAACUUAAAUGUCCUCUUCUCUUUUUUUUCCCUCUGCUCCGCUCGUCCAUUUCUUUUCAUUCUUUAAUCAAUCAUCCCGUCUGCGUCCUGAUCCACCUUCACCCGCCCUCUCCUCUCCUCAUCACUCCUUCCCUUCAUCUCCCCCCCCCCCCUCCAUCUCUGAUCGAUGUCCGUUUCUCCUUGCUGGUCUCUCUUUCAUUCGGGAGUCCAUGUAGACGUACAGUAGAAGUAGCGUCUCUAGGUUUGCCGGUGUGCGCUGAUGGCUUUCUGCUGCACUUUUUAGGAGUGUUUUGGAGAUAAAUCCAUUUGCUGUUGUCCUACAAGUAGACAGUUAUGCCUGUGAUAGUUUUUGUACACCUUUUUUGGGAAUGUUCAGGGAUUGUGCUUUUCGUAACUUUCCCCGCAUUGUCGUUAACUGCUACCUAGCUGGCUGCUUUGAAAGCAAGUAGCCCAGCUAGUGUGUCUAUAAGCUAGCUAUACUACAAAGGGUAAUAUGACCCAAAGCAGGGUCAGCGGUUGGGUUUUUUUUUUUUCCUUUCUAGAGCUCUCGGUUGGUAUGCGGCAGCGAACUCGGCUGAGACAGUGUUCGAAUUCUGUUUGACAGGUGUGCAGAAGCGCACCGGACAAGUUAAAACAAAGUGAGAUUAAUCUUUCAAAGGACUGAGAACACUGUUUAUCCCGUGUUUGCUCUGUAAUGCUCUUCAGUUUUUCACAGUAGUCAUGUCUGCAGACCAGAGGACGGGCUUUGUCUCACAGAGCUUAUUGUCCACUUUGAAGAGUUACCUUUGAUUUGUAUUUAAACCCAGUCUAAUUCUACUCUGUGAAUGGAGAAAGGAAUACCUGCCUCAUACUCAAAACGUGUAGUGUCUUUUAAAAACUAAUGGACCUGUAUUUGCCUGUAAUUUAUCGUCCUGUCCUUCGUCUUAGUUAAUGUGCUAGCAUGUAGCUUGCAUGAGAAACGGUUGGAUAUGUAGAUAGUGUUGGAGACGAGAAGCUUCUCUCCUGAGACAAGAGCGACGGUCUGCCUGACUGACCUCCGUGCUGUUCUCUGAUCUGCAAACAUAAGCCGUGUCCCAGUUAAAACCCAUGUGUACCUCCUCAACGCCGCAGUCCUCCGGAUAACACCGAGGCAACUGAAAACAGGACUCGGUUGUAGGCGUACAGUGGCGUUGAAUUGGGACGCGCAACCAGUCUAAUUCAUUUUUCAUUGCAUCAGUGCAGUAAUGAUUAGCUGUCACCAGAUGCCAGCAAACAGCAGCUUUUCUAUCUCCUCUUCAGUCAGACCGAGCUGUCCCGCCCCACCACUUGACUCUCACCAACUCCUCCUCAGGCAGUCGCACACUAGCUGCCAGUCAUCUCUUUUCUUUUUUUUGUAGUAUGAACAAAUUGAUUUUUAAAUUAUGUUUUGUAAAAGGUGUGCAUAAUCUUAAAGUUAUUACUUUCAAUUCAAUUGAUAAUCAUUUUCUUUAAUUUUUUUUUUUUAAAAAAACAAUUAGAUAUUCCAAAACUUGAAGAUUAGAAAUUUAGUUUUUGCAUAUUUUAUUGUUUCAACAGCCAUUUUUAUAUAAUUUCAUGUAUAUAGUGUUGCCUUUACUGGAAACUCUUACAAGCGCACCCAUACACACUUUGCACACACUUUGGGUACAUACACAUCCACACACAUAUCUGGAUAUGCACGGCAGGCAUGAUGUCUGUGACCAUGGUGUAUUUGUACAUAUAUGUGUGUGUAUGUGUGUUUGUGUAUGAGUGUGAAGUGUGUAUAAUUGACCCAAACAGACUCUGGAGACACUCUUAUAUGUGUUGCAUUCACAAAAAUGUUAUUAUUUGGAUGACUAAAACAAUGUCUUUGUUUUUAGCGUUAUUGUUUUGGAUGACAAGUCUUCCUUUUGAAUAAAUAUCCAUAUCACAUGAGAAUAGUGCUGUCAUGUAUGUUAAUUUGUACUAUGACUGAUGAUGUCAUCAAGGCGAGACCCAACCGCAUGCUGUGGUGAGUUUGCGUCUGUUGGCUGUUACGUUCAUUCAGAAUUUGUUUUUUUGUUUUUUUGUUUUUUUGGGUUAAAAUACCAGUUCAGUUGUUGACUUCAAUAAACAUGCAUUUGGGUUCAUUUCAA